AUGGCUCAGAACAAUCAUAGUACUGUUCCCGAGCCUAUGGUCUCCAGCGAUGAUGAGAUGCGGGAGAGCGAAAGUUUCAAGGACAAAUCCUUGGUGGAGUUGGUAUCCAUCCUACCCAGUCGACUACAAAUGGCAAUCAUGAUCAAGAAACCGAAGGUCGAGGAAAACGCCCACUAUUAUGUUUUCUCAACGGACGAACAGCUUUUGUAUGCUAAUUUUUACCAAGAUUUUGGCCCAUUAAACUUGGCAAAGCUGUACCGCUACUGUACGUUUUUGCACAUUGAGCUGCAAAACGACGCGCGUGCUACGAAAACGUUUGUCCACUACACGCGCAAGGAGCCGAAAAAGAUUCUGAACGCUGCAUAUCUCAUCGGCAGCUACUGCAUCAUCUAUCUGCGGUUCAAUGUACAGGCGGUAAUGAAGGCACUCGGUCCGAUACUGAAACAUGCGAACGGUGUCAAAUAUUGCGAUGCAUCGAUCAACGAUUUGGCGUUUCUACCGAUAAAAGAUUGCCUGAGCGCGGUGCAGAAAGCGGUGCAACGGAAUUUUUUCAACUUUGAAGAUUUCAACCUGACCGACUACGAGUACUACGAAUGUGUGGAGAACGGUGAUUUGAACUGGAUUGUGCCGCAAAAGUUGCUGGCAUUCUGUGGACCGAAUUGCCGCACCGAGCGCACCAACGAUUCGGUCAUGCUAGGGCCGGACGUGUAUUUAGACUACUUUCAUGCACACAACAUCACCGCAGUGGUGCGUUUGAACUCUCCCAAGUACGAUGCCCAAGUAUUCAUGAAGGCGGGCAUACAGCAUUUUGAUCUGUACUUUUCUGACGGCAGUACGCCCAACGACCGGCUGACGAGUCUGUUUUUAAAGCUCUGCGAAAGUGCGCGCGGUGCGGUUGCCGUUCACUGCAAGGCUGGACUUGGCCGAACGGGAACACUGAUCGGUGCGUACUUGAUCAAGCACUAUCAGUUCACCGCAAUGGAGGCGAUUGCUUGGCUUCGCAUAUGCCGGCCCGGUUCGGUCAUCGGUCAACAGCAGGCCUGGCUGAACAGCAAGCAGAUUCAGCUGCUGCAGGAGGGAGAGCUGUAUCGCCAGCAGCGUCAACACCACACGUACAAUCCGCCCGAAAAGCAUGCUCGCGGUAUAUACAGCCUGCAUGUGGGCGGGGAAAUCGAAGAUACGCAAAGCCCCAAGCAAGCGACCGUAGAACCGGCCACCGGCCAGACAAUCGAGUCGGAAAAUGUGCAACGCAUUUCGCAGCGCGUCGACACGAUGUGUCUGAACGAUGCGGACGAGCAGGAGGGCGAUCGUUUGGAUGCUGCCUCGCAGGCAAACAACAACGUCGUGCACUGCAAGCCCAAUCGCAUCAAAAAGGUCGCCAAACUAACGUCGCGCUACAUCCGGGGAACCCGGUUGAACAGUGGUCGUACUAAUGUCACUACCACCGCAACUACUACCAUCCGGCGUGGUCGUGGAAAUGCGACCGUUCCGCCGAUGGGUGGAACGCCGCAACGUGCGGCACUACAGGAGACGCACGUUACCCGCCGGAAAACUACCAUCACCACCCGGCAGACGGUACCUGGUCGCGUAGAAACAACAUCUGCGCCAGCGACACGUAACCAGCGUAACGCUUCGGUGCAAACUGCAUCGCAAGGUGAUCAGCUGAAUUCAAUCAAAGCCGCCAGACGCCAACAUGUGCCAACCGAAUCCAUCCUAAAGAAACCAAGAAAUGAGAAAAUUGUUGCACCAUCAACAACAAUUUCCGGUCCCUUUGACCGUCACAGCACACCUGCGUCGAAUGUUGCUGAAAAGGAUAAAGGUGGCGGUACGGUGCAGACCCGGAAUGAAUCGAACCGGAACAACAAUCCAUCGGAUGGUGGUACACCGAUCAAACCGAUCAUAAAAAAGUUGGUUCUGGUUCCGGAUCAAUCGUCAAUCGAAUCCUGCCAUCCUUUGGCAACUGAUCAUCUUGGAAACAUCACACCUCCUUCAACUGGGCGCACGGCUAAAGGAGACACCACAUCACAGACCGUCGAUAAACCCAUUUCACAAUCAAUGCCCCUACCGACGCUUAGAUCUCAGCGGUUUUUUACCCAAGUCACCACAACUGUCAGCCAGGGAAAGGACAUCACGUACGAAACAUCGCUGGAGUUAAAUCGUGUGUUAAGAAUCUUUGACGGUACAUUAUCGAUGCUGCAUCCUAUGAAGCUGCUGAAGAAAGGCAAAACCCUGGAAACGUUGCUACGGUUUAACGCGUACAAUCACGAGCCCUGCGAUAUAUUCAUUUUCGACGUGAGCGUUAAUAUGGCAGACUUGUUAUAUAUUUUCAACCCGAACGUUAAUACCAAUCAGCGUCAUCAGCCGAAACGUACUGCGAAUAAUCAUUCUGGCAAACCAGCUGUAGCAGCAAUCAAUAAAAUGAAGACAGAAAUUCCUGCAAAGGUAACCUGGAAUGUGGAGGAGAAGAAGUUUACGCUGCGGGUAUCGUUCGACUUGGAGGAACUGCAUAGCCGACACCCAGUGGAUGCGUUUAUAGUUCCGUCGAACAGAAAGGGGACGACGCCUUCAGCGACGAGCGAAUAUAAGAGACAAUUCGAAGCGAUCGUGAUAGGAACGUGCGGGGAUGAGACAGGACCGUACGUUAACUUCUCGGUGAAGCUAAACCUGAAGCAGGUGUUGGACAGACCGAAGACGCAAGGAACUUAUAACACCAGGUCCGUCCCCCAACCAUGUUCCUCGAAGAGUGUUAAGCCGCUGUGUUCCUCCGCCACGGGUCCAGAGACCGAUACGGCUUACAAUAUGGUACUGCUCGAUCAUAACGGUAACGAUGCAUCACCAGCGACGCAGCACGAGAAGCAGCAAACAGUAACGCCCCGUAACGCCAAAGCCAACGCGGAAACGGAUACCGUACGACCGUACAAACGUUUGCGCGUGGAUGUGUCGCGACUGUGAAGCCGAUGCGUGGCGGGAGGACAGCAGUUUUGCGAUUACGGGGGCGCGGUAAGGUAGAAAAGAGCCUACCUCUUUCCGAUCAAGAGACUGAUACCACCGGAGCGCAAUCACGUACGAGCAGUUCCGAAAGCCACCAUCUUACGUUUUAUCGCGUUCGCGACACACACACACACCCAUAGUUUUCGUCCUUUUCAUCCAUUCAUUGCGUUAGUUUCGUUCUUCCUCACCAGCCGGACCGAAACGAAUCGGUCGGACAAACGAUAAUCGUAUCAAACGCGCUGUACAAGUAUGUGCAGAGACAACAACAAUGUCUUCCAAAUGAUGGAACAUAUUUACCUGCAAAAUGCCAUUUUUACGGCCAACGGCAUUAAACAAACACAACCACGUCAGACCAUCGGUUAGCUUGUUAUUAUAACAAAUCAAAACUAAACUUUAAGUUACAUUGCAUCCCGCCGUUAAUUUAUAUUACUGCAUUUCAAAUGCUUGAUACAAUCUUUUUUAUUAUUAUUAUUAUUAUUAUAUAGAGCUAUAUAAUUUUCAUUUGCUUAUUUGAUAAGCAGCGUAAAUGGCAUAGGUUAGCUGUAAUGAAAUAUUUGCUUUGUUACCCUUUGCCUUUAAGCGCUGCCUUGAUUUACGUUCCUGAUGGCGCCUAUUAGCAGACGGCAUCAAUUUAACAGUCGAUAAAUGUUAACAUUAACCUUAAUGAAGCAUCUCACGACGAUCUCUGUUCCUUUAUAAAUUAACAAUAAAAAAAUCUCCAAUACGAUCUGAUACGCAGAGAGAGAGACAAAACAAGCAACAAAACGGAAUUCCCUCUUGGCGUGAUACAAGCGAACACCUUUGCUGGGCCAUUUAUUUAACGUUGAGCUGUGGCUAACCGUAUUGUUGCGAGCCUGUUUCGUCCGGUUCGGUUUGUCUUGCAAAACAAAACAGCUCAUGGUCGUGCAGCAGUAUCCCCGCACAGGCGCAUUUAUUGAUCACCGGGCCGUAGAAGAUGCUACGCGCUUUGCAACAGAUAGAAACUGAUAAGUAAUGUUAAAAAAAAAAAACAAAACAGAAUGCUUUUCCUUAAGACUGACCACUUCGUUAAGGGUCGCAUGCAAUUGGAACGAAAAGCAAAAAUAAAACAGAAACACUUUCAACAAGUGACAUCUGAGCGGAUGUGUGCCAUCGUAAGAUAGAAACGCACUUUGAAACGUAUUAAUUUACACGAGACGUACCGCUAUUACCGGGAAUAUAUGUAUAUUUGAGGGUUCCGCCGGUAUGCAUUAUUAUAUAUAUUUAUAGAUAAAAAGAAACUAUGCUGAACUUUAGUCAAAGCGGUGCGAGAGAAUGGUCCCUCUAUUUUUCGUUAUGCCGUCCCCGUUCCCCUUUUUGCCAUAAACGAAGCUUCAAAAGGUGGUUCAGUUUAAUUUAAUUUAAGUCUACAAAACACGGUCGUUUACCACAAACCGGAUAAUCCGGUAAAUCUGUGCAGUAUGGCACAAUUUCCGGCAACGUGCAAUGGAAUGCAAACAAAA